AUGACGCAUUUCCAAGUCAAUAUUGAGAAAGAGCUCCGGGAGUUCCAAAACCAGAAAUAUCCUACUGUUGAAGAGACAAUAACGAAUAAUAGCUCGGUACUAUACAAGAGAAAGAAAUUCUUUUUGAAUAAUCUCCGAGAAUCGAUCCAGGUGAUUGAAAUUGUGUUGAUGGUCAUUUUAUAUUUGCGAGAUUUAUCAUUUUUCAAGCUCUUGAUACGUUUGUCUAUUCAUUUAUCUAUUUCACAUAUUAAUCCGCAGAUCCCAACACUACAUCUAUCUGCUCAGCACAAGGAGGCGAUAAUCAAAAUAAGUCUAAGAGGUAUUAUCUUUGGCAAUCUAUUUUGCAUUAUUUGUCAUCUAAUAUUUGGUGCAUACUCGCAUAGUGUGAAUACGGAUGCGUUUUUGCAUGGAGGAAUCACUAUUCAAUUUAUAGGCGAGAGAUAUCCAUACUCGAGAUUUGAGUUGAUUGCGUUGGAUUUGUGCAUCUUUGCAACUCAGUUGGUAUUUCAUCACUUGGUGGGGGUUGUAGAUGAUCUGAAGGUGUUGGAUACAAAGCCACAAGUUGCAGCAAAACGUACGCAAGAAGAGUCUGAUGCUGCAGAGAGUUUGGACAGCAGCAUUGACAAAACGCUCAUUGAGGAAGAUGGAUACAAUGGGAAUGUGUUUCUUUUAACCAUAGACCUAUUUUCAGGAAUCAAGAAGGUGAUGAACUACAAUGUGCAAAUUGAGGCCUACAGGUCUAGAGCCGGAUUGGUGUAA